AUGACUGAGUCAACAGAGGUAGUAAAAAUCAACAAAUGGGACGGAGCAGCAGCAAAAAAUGCCAUUGAUGAUGCCAUUAGAGAGGUUUUCACUGGUGACCUUAAGUGCAAGGAGAGUUUUGCUCUGAUUGAUGGAAGACUUUUCCUCUGUGCAUUAGCAGUUGGUGUGGCUCUAUAUGCCCUUCUCUGGGACUACUUAUACCCAUUCCCACAAUCAAGACUGGUUCUCAUUAUUUGUGUGUCUUCAUAUUUUAUCCUCAUGGGCAUACUCACUCUGUAUACCACAUUCAAAGAAAAAGGAAUAUUUGUAGUCGCCAAAGAAAAGGUUGGCAACAACAACAGAGUCUGGGAGGCUAGUUCAUAUGUCAAAAAGCACGACGACAAGUACAGCCUGGUAGUGGUGAUGCGUGAGGCGGGGGGGGCGGGGGGGGCGGGGCGGUGCCGCGAGGCUUCUGUCAACAAGUCGUUCGCGACCUACAUCGAUGUCAACGGCGCCGUCGUGCAGAGCGUCGUCCUCGCCGAGAUCACUAAACUCUACAAUUCCCUCUCAUCCGAGAAGAAGGAGAAGUGA